AUGUCUUUUACUUUCAAGUCUGACGGUCCUAAGGCCCGACCGGAACGUGUGAAGCCUAUACCAUCACAGCCAUCCCUAAGCAGGUCUCGUAGUUCCUCGAUAGCAUCAACAGCAUCGUUUGCUUCAGCCGUUGAAAACCACCAUGACCACCAUGCAAGUCAGUCGGAAACACCUUCUGCACCUCCAAAACCGGCAGUCCACUUUAGCUCCGAGGAAGAAAACGAAAUGAUCGAAGCCUCACACUCCCUCAAAGCAGCAGCGAACAAACAGUUUGCAACCAAAGACUACUCGAGCGCAAUCUCGACGUACGACAAAGCCCUGGCCGAGCUUCCCAUAUACCUCGAUUACGAACUCGCUGUGCUGCAGAGUAACAUCGCCGCGUGCCACCUACAGCUGAAGGAAUGGAAAGAGGCGAUCACAUCCGCCGAACAAGGACUGGAGAACCUGGAAAGGGAAAUGCCUAUGCCUAAGCAGAAGCAGAAGCCCAACAUGAAAGACGACAAACCCUCUUCCGCCAAGAAUAACAGCACCCCAGCCGCACAGCAAGAAAACAACGAGGACCAAAUAGUCGAGCUUCCAGACGACGAAGACGAAGAAGCAACAGCAGAGGCCCUCCGAAAACUCAACCUAUCCGACCAACGGAAAACAGACAUCACACGUAUACGCACUAAACUCCUCCUACGCCGCGCAAGAGCCAAAGUUAUGAUAUGCGAACAGCCUCCGCCAACAACCACUUCAACCGCCUCUCUCAGCCCAGACACAGAUCCUGAAUCUGAAACAACACCCACACCACCACAACGCAAAAAACCUCUCCCCAACAGCAUCCUCGAAACCGGCUCCCACUGGUCCCACCUUUCAACGGCCCUCGCCGACUACCAAACCCUCAGCACGCCCGAAUACUUCCGUACCCUCCCCCCACAAGACCAAAAGACCGUGAUUGAAAUGCUACGAUCUCUACCGGCACGAGUCGAGGAAGCUAAGAAACGGGACGUCGACGAGAUGAUGGGGAAGUUGAAGGAUUUGGGGAAUGGGUUGUUGAAGCCGUUUGGGUUGAGUACGGAUAUGUUUAAGAUGACGCAGGAUCCGAAGACGGGGGGUUGGAGUAUGAAUUUUGGGAAGUGA